AUGAAUAGAAUACAUCCAGAAUUAAUGAAGGAAGGAAGGAAUUCCAAAACUUCAUCAUCCAAAAUCAAAGCAGAUAAAAUUAAACCACUUGCAACACCAAAACCUCUAACGACAGUACCUGCAACACCAAAACCACCUCCUCCUUCAGUUAAUCUUUCAUCAUUCACUUUAUUAUAUCCAUUUCAAACAUUAAAGAAACAAAAAGAUUUUAAAAAGGAUUUCAAGAUAUUAAAUAAACCAAUUGACCCAAAAAUUCAACCGUUAAAGGAAAAAUUUAGUCGCCCUUCAUUUGCACCAUAUCCAUAUUCAUAUGAAAUCGAUCAUUUAGAAUAUUCAAAAGGAAACGUUACUUAUUUAUUUACCAUUAACAUUAACACCAGAUAUUUAUAUUGCAUUCCAGUGAAAGGGAAAACAGAACAGGAAACAAGAAGAGCUAUUCAAUACUUACUAGAUCAUGAAAGAGUAGAUAAUAUCAGGGGUGAUGGUGAUAAAGGAUUUCAGGCAGCUAUGACUCAUUAUUUCCCACAAAUUAAUUUUUACUUUUCAUCCUCUCCAUAUACGUUUCAUAAUAAAAUAGUUGAUGCGGUAAUGAGAACUCUUAGAGAUGCGUUAGGGGUUAACGGUCAGAUAUACUGGGAUGGAAAUCAUGACUCCAUCAUACAACAGUUAGUAUAUUAUUACAAUAAUACAUGGCAUAGAACAAUAAACAUGAAACCAGUGGAAAUGAAAAAUGAUAUUUCAAAAGAAUGGGAAUAUAUUAGAAAGCAAAUGGAAAGGUUGAAUGAUGUUAAACGUGAACAAAUUAAUUCGGGGCUCAUGAAUUUUAAACAAGGGGAUAAAGUUUUGAUUCAUCUCGAUUAUGGAAAAACUGAUAAAUCAAUGACAAAAAGAAGACGAAGAUUUGACACAAUAGCUGAAUUUGUUAGAUAUAUUAACGGCAAUGCAUUAGUUGAGGUUAACAAUAAAUUAAUAGAAAUUCCGAUUUAUUUUAUUACUCCAUUAUAUUUAA